AUGCCGUGGGCUCGGUCUAGUCCGUUACUCAACAAGCGAUGGAUCAAGACUGGCUUGUUGGCUCUGGCAGCCCUGUUAGUGCUUCUUCCUUUGUUGCGGUCGAAGCGAGGAUCACUCAAAGCAUGUCCCACCAAAGGCGAAAUACCUCCGGUCCAUCUAUUGCUACCCAUCACGAAAGAUGCCGCUGUCAAGACCCCGAAGUUCUGUCGUGCCUUGCUAGGAGCCAUCAUGACUGGGUAUGAUCCAAUCAUAAUGAAUUGGGAUGUCGAAUUGCCACCAGAGCUUGACAAACUGUUCCAGGCCAAGCAUCUGCAAUUCCCUGAGAACGACCUUGUCUUCCUGGUGGAUGCUCUGGAUGUCUGGCUUCAGCUGCCACCUGCAGACGUAGCGAGACGUUUUCUCGAAUACGGUAAAGAUGUUCUGGUAGGUGCGGAACGUCACUGUGUCCCAAAUUCAUGGCCUUCGCACGAAUGCCAAGGUGCACCGCAGAGCCCCCUUCCUAUUGGUCUUUGGGAGCCUCACAUGAAGCACGUUGAGAAGGUCGAGCACUCUCCUACGCCUCGACAUGCCAACAGUGGAACCGUAUUGGGAAGAGCUGGCAAAAUGGAGGUAUUGUUCAGGCGCCUGGCCGAGAUCAUUGGUGAUCCCAAGUAUCCACAUCCGGGCGCAUUCAAUACUCUUCUGGUACACGGAGAUCUCGGAGUAGACUACUACAGUCGACUCUUCUGGAACUCUGCCUCGGACGAGAGCUCACUCAUAUGGCUCAAUACGCUUGUCCAUCCCGACAGUCACCUCUGCGGACACAGUGGCCCUAGGAAUUACACGGUCAGCGGUGGUCUCGAAUCCUUCUCGCCUGGAGACCCGAUACCGUGGCAUAUGCUACCCAGCGUGGGUCACAACCAGCUCACUGGGCAGAUUCCGGCCGCUCUUCAUUUCAACGCCAUCGCGACCAAGAACCUCUUGCAGGAUCUAUGGGGCAAGCCGUGGUAUAGCACUGCCCGCUUUCAACCAUUUGUCAGACAACGGGUGAGAGGCCUCAAGGUCAAGGGUGUCAAACCGAAUGGGGACUGGCACGAGCUCGACGUGGAGUCUACAUGCGCCAACCAUUUGCCAGGACUGUGGCCCGAGGCCUGA